CUUCGCACGCACCGCUCUAAUGCGGGGUUAUUAGAAGAUCAGAUGGACUUCUGGGUAAGACUACUUGGCGGUUCUUCCCAGAAGAAGCAAGCCGCCCCAAACAAUCCCCAGCAGCGUCUGGCACGCUUCCGGCAGCGAUACAACCAGAUCUUGUCGCAAUGGCAGAAAACGCAGAACCUCGCCAGCGACCGCGACGUGCUGAGCAAUAUCCGCCGUGGAAUCCAGUCCCUGACCGCCAUACUCAGCGAUGAGUCUCGAUCGCCCGCACCGCACCUUUGCCUCCAGUUUGCUGCAGCACAUCAGAUCUACACCGGCAUCUCCAAGAUUGCGGCGACUUCUUUCGACGAAGGCGUGGUGCGCGAUGCUGUGAACUUCUACAGUACGCUCAUCGACAGCGAGGAGGAGGACUUUCUCGAGAAUGAUGUCUUCGCAGUGUCGCUCAUGAACUUCAUAAAUAGGACUGUGGGUUCUGGAACCAUGGCUGUCGGGGAGGACAUCGAAGCAGACAUCGUCGAGUUGCUCUUUGGGAUCGCAGCCAAGAUCAGGCUGCAGCCAGAAAUCUUGCCGGUGUGGUUCACCACGACUGGCGACUCUGUCAGCCGAAACCAAGCCCAGGGCAACGACUUUGUUGGUGUGACUCAAAAGGAGGACUUCCCCCUGUGCUACCAGCUCAUCGACCACGUCCACCAUGAGGGUCGAAUUGGAGACUUUGCUCGCACUGGCCUACUCUACGUGUUUGAAUCUGCUUCGAAGUCCAUGACUCUUGAGCAGUGGAUAGUGAACAGUGAUCUGCCUACGCUUAUGGCGUCCGGUCUUGGUGCAUUGUACAGCCAACUCAGCAGAAAGCUUUCGAUUCUUCACCCUCAGGACAACCUUCCGCUUAUAUUGUCAUUCUCCGACUAUGUGGAGACACAAGCCAAUGCGGAUACCGAGAAUCUGCACACCGAUGAGUUCCAGAGUCACAUCGGUACUUUCUUGUCAUACCUUGCGUUUUGGCAAGAUGUGCUAGAGCAUUGCCGCUCUGCGGACGUCAGACACACACUGAUCGAUCACUUUCAUGUUCUUUUUCUACAACAGCUCCUAUACCCUUCUCUAUUGGAGUCCUCAGAUGCCGAUGGUGGAUCUUCUGUGGCCGUGCUCACAUACCUUCGACGAAUACUUGACGCUCUCGACCACCCAGAGCUCGUUCAUAUGAUCCUGCAAUACCUGCUUGCGCUCCCGGAUCACACAUUGUCAGGCAAGAUGCCUCGCUCACCAGCUGCAGUGAAGAGACGUCAAUCUCUUAUGCUUAUGAAUCACAGUGACCAAGAAGACGAUCGACUCAAUCCAUCCUUGUUCAAUCUCGUCGACUUGAUUCUGGGUAGCACGGAUUCAAGGAAUUCACAGACCGUCACAUCGGCGCUGAAGCUCGCCACUGUCAUACUUGGCAAGAAUCACAGUUACGGACUGGGAUCGUUGAUCAAAGUCAUGAAUGCCCAUUACAAGGAACCACAUCGAACAGCGGGCGCCUUGAACAUCGAGCUUGAGACCUACCUCAAUCUGGCCAUCGACCUUGCGGGUGAGGAUGGAGUCGACGAUGCGUAUGAGACUCAUCUUAAAGAUAUCCAAAGUCUGCUCGAGAGCCAUCCCUGCUCCCUGAAGACUAUCUCGUUACCCCCGACCUCCUCACAGAGCCCUGCCUACUUCGAUCCCAUGGAUGCCAGUGGUAGGGAGGUACAUCAACACUACCUUAUCCCGGAGGAUCCGCUGUUCAAAUCAUUGACUGAUCUCCUGCUCCGAUUUUUGACGAACGAUGUGGAAACAAACCUGGCGUUGACGGAAGCAAUAUUAAAUCUCGGCACGUGCUCCCAACUUCGUCUCGAAGGCUGGCUCUCCGUCGAUCCCGCAGACUAUCUUUUCGACGGUAACAUUCCAGAGACUAUCAGUUUCUCGAACGACAGUCUUCGAGAUGUCUACAUGGCGAACCGCCUGCCGACGUGGAAUGCCUCAGCGACACCGCAACUGCUCGCGUGCGUACAAAACCUUCAUGCGCAGGUAGCAGCGCUUCGAGGUGAUAUCCCUGACUGGGAUGAGCAUGUCAUCAAUCGCAAGAAUGCAUUCCGAUUCCAUGAAGAAAUGCAUGACGCCAUGAAACAAGCAGCAAUGCAACCCAAGGCGGUCCAGCAGCUUCCAGAAGCACCCGGAUCGUGGACACCUCAGAUACCUAAACACGUGCUGGAAAACUCGGCAGCUCCAUCCAGAACGCAGUCACCUAGAGGCCGAAAAGAGACCCUCUCCGAACAAGUAAGCUCCCAAGGUUCCUCGCCAGCUCCUUCGAAGUUUGGUGGUCAGACGCUCGUAGGCUCACCUCCGAGAGGCGCAUCGCCGUUGCCUGCACCGCAGGUUGGUAAUCGCCAAACCACUUUGUUCUCCGACAUCGAUGCCAGCCUCGCCGGAUUCAGACACUCAGAUUUACUAAGGAGGCGGAUACGCUUCCACAGACCUGCUGGCUCACAAAACAUCGAAGUCAUGCUAUCAAAGUACCAGCCUCCUCCCAAAGAACCCUCCGACGAUGCCACCGCCGGCGCAGAAAUAGAGCAGGACGACAUACGUGAGGCCAGCCUUCUGCAUAUCAUUACCAACGUGGUCAUCCUCCAAGAAUUUGUACUGGAGCUGGUUGCCUUGAUGCAAAUCAGAGCGAGCUUGUUCAACGAGGUCAAGUUUGCAUGAGCUGGUGUUGGUAGCGACGUUGACUUUUCCGGAUGUGAAUUAGACGGCAUAGCGAAUAUACCCCUUUUGUAUUUACAGCUUCAUGUCCGUCUUCAAGCAAGCAAUGUCCGGGUUCUCACACAUCUUCGAGCCGUGGGAAUGU